AUGGCGCAAAAUAAGGAGCAGCUGUUCCAGCGCCCUCUAUAUGUUUUCGACCUGCCACCAGAAAUACUGUCAACCAUCACUCUAAGGAAUUCUGCCGAACAAUCCCACGAAAUCGCCCCCGAACCAGCGCCAUCGACCACAGGUGAAUUGGAGGAGAAGGCGGGGCCCGAGGAUGGAGGGUCUACCAAGGCUACAUCUUGUACACUCUGUGGCUUACGGUUUCCCACCGUACAAGAGCAGCGCAGCCAUGUCCGGUCAGACUUACACGGAUAUAAUCUCAAACAGAAGAUAAGAGGCCAAAAGCCAGUUGGGGAAGAAGAGUUUGAGGCUCUUAUUGGAGGUCAGUCUUCGAAUUUAUCUCUAGAUGACGAAGAAGACAAUAACGACGGGAUUAAACCCAAAGACUCUACUCUUAGUGCCUUGUUGAAGAAGCAAGCAAAGAUAUCCAACCCCGAAUUCGACGACUUUGCUUCCAAGAAGCCAAAACGUGGCGCCGGCAAACCACCUCUCUUCUGGUUCACAUCACCUACUCUACCCGAGAAUACGUCUUUGGGAAUUUACCGCGCCAUAUUUUCAGAUGCGGAGCAGGAAGAAGAAUCCUAUAUCGUAGAGACCAUACGAAACAAACAACUCGCACCCGUGUCACCUCCUAGAGUCAAAGCCAAUUCCGAGGGGGUAGUACCGGUUGAUACCUCUAAUAUUGGACCCCACUAUUUCCUUUGCAUGAUUGGGGGAGGCCACUUCGCUGCCAUGGUCGUGUCUUUGGCCCCCAAGAUGGGGAAAAAGCACACAGGCGUCGAAGAACGCCAAGCCACGGUCCUGGCGCAUAAGACAUUCCACAGAUAUACCACACGCCGAAAGCAAGGAGGAGCGCAAUCUUCUAAUGAUAGUUCUAAAGGCAACGCUCAUUCGGCCGGUGCUUCAAUUCGUCGUUACAACGAAGUAGCACUGAUGACUGAAGUGCGAGAUCUUCUGAAGGAAUGGAAAUCCAUGAUUGACACGGCCGAAUUGGUCUUCAUGCGAGCUACAGGAAGCGCUAAUCGAAGUACACUGCUUGGUCCUUAUGAGGGCCAAGUGCUACGGAAUAAUGAUCCCCGUAACCGCGGGUUCCCAUUCAGCACGCGUCGCGCAACGCAAAAAGAACUUAUGCGAGCCUUUGUUGAGCUCACAAGAGUCAAGACAAGUACAAUAGAUGAGGCAGCUCUAGCGGCGCUUAACGCAGCACCGGCGGCUACCCUCGAGGCUUCAAAAGCCUCUACCAAACCAUCGAAACCUCCUAAACCAUCAAAGGAGGAAGAAGCAGCUAUACUUCAUACUACGCAACUAACUGCAUUGAUUCGCCGCUCUAAGAUACCAGCAAUACUUAAUUACCUCAGUUCCAACGACUUAACCCCGGCCUUCCAAUUCUUCCCAGCAAACCAUCAUACCCCGACUCCUCUUCAUUUCGCAUCCUCCCUGAAUGCUGGGCCUGUAGUGCUUGCGCUACUCACAAAAGCUAAGGCUGAUCCGACAGUCAUGAGCGACGACGCACGUACACCCUUCAGUCUAGCAGGUGACCGAGCAACACGUGAUGCCUUCCGGGCGGCAAGGAGCGAGCUGGGCGAAAGUGCGUGGGACUGGAAUCUUGCCGGAGUGCCUGCUCCUCUGUCAAAAUCCGAGGUGGCGGAGCGUGACCAGCGGGACAGGGUUGAGAAGACCGAGGCGGAUAAGCAGGAGGCGGAACGUCGCAAAGCCGAGACUGAACGUCUAAGAAAAGAGAGUGCGCAAGAGGAGGCCAACAAGCGGGACAAGAGAUUAGGGAAAGGGAAGUCGCUUGGUGGCCAACCGGAGAAAACUGGAGCGGAGAAACGUGAGGAAGAAUCAAGGGGGCUAACGCCCGAGGCGCGGAUGAGGAUUGAGCGAGAGCGAAGGGCCAAAGCAGCCGAGGACAGGAUUCGGCGGUUACAAGGCAAUUAA